AUGAAGCUGUCCUACGUUUUUCUCUUUGUCGGGCUGAUAGCCUCCGCGCAGUGCGCCGCCAAACAGGACAAAGCUGAGGAAGACUCUAAGAAGACCGAGUCUAGCCGACGUGGACGGUUCUUCUUCCUCGGUAAUCUGCUGUCGGGUCCUGCCGCCUUAGCCAGUGCCGGAGCAAACAGCGUCGGCAAGUCCUUCCUCAGCCUUAGCCAGACUUUGGGAGGCGUGCAGUCGACAAACACAGUUUCCAGGCCUCCAUCGGUCGUCUACGUGGCGCGUCAGCAGCGCCAGUGUCCGCUGCCGCUCUUCACGUCCGGAUGUCCUCUGGGACAUGUGUGCUCCACCGGAGGUUCGGGAGGCACCAGGUGCGUUCCCCAGAGUGCCGACGGCGGCCCGUGCACCACCGGGUUCCAGUGCAUCAGCGGAGUGUGUCGGGACAACGUCUGUGGCAGGCGGGAGGAGUGUUCCGUGACCGGCGUGGGACGCUCCAACUGUCCGCUGGGACAGCAGUGUGUGCUGACCUCACGCGGCUACCGCUGUCAGCUCGGAUCCGACCGCUGCCGGAGGCCGUUCUCUUCGCUCGGAUGUAACCGCAACCAGUACUGUACCAGCUCUUCCACGGGCAAUUUCUGCACCGAAAAGCUGCCCGUCGACGCCAGGUGCACCGACCCCAUCGAGUGCCUCUCCGGCACGUGCCGCAACAACCGGUGCAAGCAGGACGCGUGCCCCAUGGUCGACACGUCCAUCGACUGCAUGCCCACGCAGUACUGCUCUCCGGGAGAGCGCGGCAACAUGUGCGUGGCCAAGAAGGAGGCUCGGGCGCGUUGCUCAGCCUCGCAGCAGUGUCUCUCGAACGUCUGUGAGCGUGGAGUCUGUGUGGAGGACGAGUGCCCGAAUCCGUACAUGUCGGACCGCUGCCUGCCGUCCCAGUUCUGCAGCCCGGCUCCCCGCGGGAACAUGUGCAUGGAGAAGCGCGACACCAACGCACGCUGCCAACGUGACAUCGAGUGUAUGUCCAACACGUGCUUCAACCAGCGCUGCGUCUCCAACCAGUGCACGACGCCCUUCUCCAAUGACGGCUGCAGCCUGAUGACCCAAUACUGUGCCACCACCAUCAACGGAAACCAGUGCGUCACCCGACUCUCUGCUGGGCAGACGUGCCUCGUCAACACCCAGUGCAUGUCCAACAACUGCUUGGGAGGAACCUGCUCAGCCACCACCACCACCGCCCAAAGGCCCAUCGGAUCCUCUUGCACCAGCUCUUCCGAAUGCGCCUCCUCGUUCUGCGUGCUGGGCAGCUGCGCCGCCACCCGGAUGUCCCUUGGCGGCAUGUGCCUGGCCUCCACUGACUGCCAGUCGUUGACGUGCACCAACAUGCAAUGUGUUGCCUCUACUGGCACCACCACGGGCACCACCACGGGAACUACCACAGGUACCACCACAGGCACGGGUCUUGGUAUCGGUGCCGCCUGUACCCUGGAUUCCCAGUGCACCUCACUGAGGUGUCUCAACAUGGUUUGCACGGCUGCCCUUCUGUCAAUCGCCACUGCGCAGUGCGCCGCUAAACAGAACGAGACCGAAGAUGCCUCUGAGAAGACCGAGUCCAGUCGCCGCGGCCGCUUCUUGCUGCUGACCAAGCUGCUGGCAGCUCCUGCGGCGCUGGCUAGCGCCGGUGCCAGCAGCGUCGGUAACUCCUUCCUGAGCCUUAGCAGAACCCUGGGUGGUUUCCAGACCUCCAACAGCGUCUCGCAUCCUCCAGCGGUCGUCUACGUGGCGCGUCAGCAGCGCCAGUGUCCGCUUCCACUCUUCACGUCCGGAUGUCCUCUGGGACAUGUGUGCUCCACCGGAGGUUCGGGAGGCACCAGGUGCGUUCCGCAGAGCCCGGACGGCGGCCCAUGCACCACCGGGUUCCAGUGUGUCAGCGGAGUGUGUCGAAACCACGUCUGUGGCAGGCGGGAGGAGUGCUCUGUGACCGGAGUGGGACGCUCCAACUGUCCCCUGGGACAGCAGUGUGUGCUGACGUCACGUGGCUACCGCUGUCAGCUGGGAUCCGACCGCUGCCCGAGGCCGUUCUCUUCGCUCGGAUGUAACCGCAACCAGUACUGUACCAGCUCUUCCACGGGCAAUUUCUGCACCGAAAAGCUGCCCGUCGACGCCAGGUGCACCGACCCGAUCGAGUGCCUCUCCGGCACGUGCCGCAACAACCGGUGCAAGCAGGACGCGUGCCCCAUGGUCGACACGUCCAUCGACUGCAUGCCCACGCAGUACUGCUCUCCGGGAGAACGCGGCAACAUGUGCGUGGCCAAGAAGGAGGCUCGGGCGCGCUGCUCAGCCUCGCAGCAGUGUCUCUCGAACGUCUGUGAGCGUGGAGUCUGUGUGGAGGACGAGUGCCCGAAUCCGUACAUGUCAGACCGCUGUCUGCCGUCUCAGUACUGCAGCCCGGCUCCCCGCGGGAACAUGUGCAGGGAGAAGCGCGACACCAACGCACGUUGCCAGCGCGACAUCGAGUGUAUGUCCAACACGUGCUUCAACCAGCGCUGCGUCACCAACCAGUGCACGACACCCUUCUCCACUGACGGCUGUAGCCUGAUGACCCAGUACUGCACGACCACCAUCAACGGAAACCAGUGCGUCACCCGACUCUCUGCUGGCCAGACGUGCCUCGUCAACACCCAGUGCAUGUCCAACAACUGCUUGGGAGGAACCUGCUCAGCCACCACCACCGGCCAAAGACCCAUCGGAUCCUCAUGCACGAGCCCCACCGAGUGUGCCUCCUCGUUCUGCGUGCUGGGCAGUUGCGCCGCCAACCGGAUCUCUCUCGGCGAAGGAUCGUUGUAUGGGAGAUCCCUGCACCAACAACUUUCAGUGUGCCACCGGGCUCUGUACUGA